GUAGCAAAUGUGAAUAUAUAGAGGUGCUUCAACUUCAUAGAAGAAAUUAAUGUACUUCAAUUUGGCGUAAUUCAUUGCUAUUCUUACGAGUUAAUUUGCAUUAUUAUUAUUAUUAUUAUUAUUAUUAUUAUUAUUAUUACUCCAUCCGUUUUAAUUUAUAUGACCCCAUUUGACUGGGCACGACAUUUAAGAAAGAGUGAAGGCUUUUGAAACUUGUGGUUCAAAAUAAGUCUUGAAAAUUUGUGUGGCCGUAAAUCAUUCUGAAUUUGUUUUCAAAUUAGGAAAGAGCACAUUCAUUUUGACACGGACUAAAAAUAAAAUAGGUUUAAACAAAUUGAGACAGAGAGAGUAUUAUUAUUAGUUUCCCCUGUGAUAAUUGAAUCAAAUCUUAAUUAAGGAUUUCCAUUUCCUAAUCCAUCAAAUAGCAAAGCCUCAAUUCCAAGCUUCUUUGGCCAAGCUUGUGGAAGGUCAAAGUGUUUUUUUUUUUCCUUUAAAAAUUUACUUACUAUUAUUAUUAUUAUUAAUAAUUUUUUUUAAAAAUGUUUCGCCAAACUUUUAAGAGAAAUAAGUGUUUUUACUAGUAGUAGAAGCUGUUUUUCGGAAACUUAAAAAAAUAGCUUUUCCCUGAAAGUAUUUAUUUUAGAAGCACUUUAUAAAAGCCAGGUGAAAUACUAAUUACUACUCAAAAAUAUUUCUGAAAUUGAUUAGCCAAACACAAGUACUUUUUUCAAAAAAGAAAAAAAGAAAAUUAGAAACUUGUCCAAACAUGCUACUCCCUCGUUUCAAUUUAUGUCUAACAUAUUUCCGUAUUAGUCCGUAAGAAUGACAUCUUUCUAUAUUUAAAAAUAAUUUACUUUUAUGAAAUGACUUAUAGGCGCAUAAGAUAUAUGUGAAUUAUUUAACACCACAAAUUUAAAAAUAUUCUCUUCCUUUUUAAACUCUGGGCCAUCAAAUGGGAUCACGUAAAUUGAAACGGAGGGAGUAUUAGUUGGUGUCAGUUGUGUAAAUUUUGUCUUUAGAACUCUUUUCAAGUACUUUGUAUUCUCACCAAUUUUUGUCAAUUGUAUAAAAUAAUGUUGAAGGGCAGAAACUAAUUUAUUUUUUAUUGAGAACUGACUAUUUUGAUGCUGUCUUUCUGUUACAAUUAGAUUUCAGAAUAUUGUCUUUUACAUAAAUUCCAAAGCUUACAAAUUGUUGUUAUAGCCAUAUCUGAAUAAAAUUUCUGAUUCAGCAUACCCUAAAUGAUUUUGACACCAUAGUAUCUGCAUUUGUUGCACUAUUGAAUUAGUGCAAUGGAAGAUAGAUGAGGAUGUCACUCAUCGUAUAUGAGAUGGAAGCUCUCAUCUGGUGUCCUCUGUGAUAAAAAGGUGCCACCGAAACUUAAAGGUAAGUUUUAUAAAGUGGUUGUUAGAUCGAUAAUGUCGUAUGGGGUUGAGUGUUGGCAAGUCAAGAAUUCGCACGUUCAGAAGGAGAAGGUGAAAGUAGAUGGAUGUGUGGGCAUACAAGGAAAGACAGGAUUAGGAACGAGGAUAUACGAGACAAGGUGAGAGUGGCCUCCGUGGUGGACAAGAUGCGAGAAGCAAGACUGAGAUGAUUCGGGUAUGUGAAAAGGAGGAGCUUGAGCUCGGAUUCCCCUGUGCAGAAGUGCGAGAGGUUAGCAAUAUUAUGUCUCCGGAGAGGUAGAGGUAGGCCGAAGAACCAGGGUUAUUGGACAGGACAUGACGCAUCUUUAGCUCACCGAGAAUAUGACGCUAGAUAGGAAAGCAUGAGGGUCGAGGAUUAGGGUAGACGGUUAGUAGAUAGUCGAGAUAUUUUUCUCUCAUUUGGGUGAGCAUGGUUCUCGUUUAGAGAACCGUAUCAUUACUAUUCUCUCGUUAGCGUAUUCUUCUAUUUUUACUACUAUUGUUGUUUCUUUCACUUUGACUAUCCAUACUAUUUCUGAUGUCAAUACUCCUUAUUUAGUUAUUUUCCUCACAUCCUUUGAUGAGAGGGUUUGAAGGUCACAGAUUAGGAUAGAAGGUUAGUUAGUAGUUGAGCGUUCUCUCGCUUUCCUGCGGGAUACGCUUGGUGGUCGAAUCUGUACCUAUUUUCUUACCAGUAGUAUUAGCACCAUUUUCGUAGUUUCUUGUUCUUCGAUUUCUAUUACCACCUUGUGCCUCGGUUAUCACAUUAUUUCGUUACUGAUCUUUUUUUUGAAUAUUAUGUACUGCUUUACGUAUCACAUUAUUUCCUUGUUGUUAUUGCUUUCAUUUCCAUGUUCCCUUUUUCAAAUUGCUUUGAAAUGCUUGACUUGGCCGAGGGUCUAUCGGAUACCUUUCUAUCUUUAUGAGGUAGGGUAAGGUCUACGUACACUCUACCCUCCCCAAAUCUUACACUUUUGGGUCCAUUUUCUUGUGAGACAAAAGGAAGUCGCACACAACUAGGGUCGGUUGUGUGAGAUACAUAAUAAAUUUUUUGCAUACAGGAUGGGGAAAAAGCCAAGAUGGUCUGAAAUAAGGUGAAGAGCCGAAAAAACUGAUAAAUAAAAUGUAGCCGCUGCCUAGGGCUCUAGUAAUUUCCGCUGUCGCUUUGCCCUUAUAAAUGCAGCCACUAAGUCUUACGAACUUGCAUCUCCGCUCUUCUCCUUCAACUCCCUUAGAUUUUUGCAUUGUGUUACGCCAAAUUGGUUUUUGUUUCUUUUCAAACCUUUUUUGAAAAUCACUUUUCUUGAGCCGAGGGUCUUUCGGAGACCGCCUCUCUACACCGUUAAGGUAGGGGUAAGGUCUGCGUACACCCCAUCCUCCCAUACCCCACUUGUGGGAUUACACUGGGUAUGUUGUUGUUGUUGUUGAAUUAAUGCAAUCAACUAUGGAGUAUCAUCAGUGAUGGACUUUGCCUCUAAAUUUGAGUUACCUGGUACCUGGUGCUGGUGGGAGGUGGCGGAUAUCUCGUAGAAUUAGUCAAAAAAACAAAAAUAAGCACGAUGAUCUCUGUUGAUCCACCCGGUGAUGAAAUGACAAACAUUUUGUCAAGACUUCCUGUUGAAGAUCUCAUGCAAUUCAGGUCUGUUUGCAAAUCUUGGUGUAACCUAAUUAUAGAUCUUUAUUUUGUGAACAAGCAUAUGAAUCAACAUUCAUCGUAUAAGGAAAGCAGCUUUUUGAUCGGUAAAGAUCUAAUCUUAGAUGUCGCGGAAAUUAAGGAGUGUUGCACAUUGUACUCUGAUGAAACAUUCGCCGAGCACAAGAAAUUAGAAUUUCCUUUGUGGGAAUCAACUAAAAGUUUUGAAGUCCUUGGCUGUUGCAAUGGCGUUCUCUUUCUUCUUUACCCUUUAAGUCCUCGAUCUUGUUGCAAAAUGUAUUUUUGGAACCCGGCCACAAAAAUAGUCAAGAAUCUUAUUAAUUCCCCCGUUCAGCUUCCUGAUUUUCGUGUCCAGGUAGUGUUUGGGUUUGGGUGGGUCCCCCGAUUGGAUGAAUAUAAGGUGGUUAGGAUUUUGUAUACUGAGAAAAUGAAUCUGACAGCCCCUCCAAAACUUCCGCCUGUUGUUGAAAUUUACUCAUUAAAAACAGAUUCUUGGACAAAGAUUGAAGUUGAACUUUCGUACUUUAUUACCAGCCAUAUGGCAAAGGCAUUUCUAGAUGGAUCUGCAUAUUGGGUUGCACGAAAUGUUAUUAAUGAAACUGAGUAUGAUGACUUCAUUGUAUCUUUCAAUAUGGCUGACCAUGUUUUUGAAGAAAUAAAGCUGCCGAAGUCUUGCCUCGAUGACGGUGCAUUAACUGGGUCGUUAGCAGUCUUUCGGGAUUCACUUUACCUAUUUGUUCAUGGCCCAGAAUCACUAGAUUGGUGGCAUGUAUGGAUGAUGCAAGAAGAUUGUUCCAGAAAGAUUUGGUUCCAUCAGUUUAAAGUUGAUUGCUCAUUUAAAAUCUGCUGGCCCUUAGGCUUUAUGAAGAAUGGGGAGGUUAUAUUCGAAUCCAUUGAGGGGGAUCUUUCUCUUUAUGACCCUAGGAAUGAGCAAUUUCAAGAUCUUCGCUUCCAAGGGAAUCCUGAUAUGAUAGAACUGUUUGCAUACAAGGAGAGCCUGGUUUUACUUGAUUUAGGAACUAAAUCUUGGCCUAAGGAAUUUCAUGAUGACGGGAAUGAAGAGCUUGAUAUCCAAACUUAGAGUCGAGAAAGGUUCGCAGAUAUUCUGUAUCUUGGCAGUUAGCAACAAUGCACCAGUGAACUUUACAGAGUGUGCAGGAACAAACACUUUACUGAAUCGAUGGAUCUUUCAAACUAGUUGUUGGUGGCUGUUGCUUCAUGUAUAAUAUCUGUAUAUGAAGUUGACUGUUUGAAUUUAGCUUGUUUUGUAUGGUGAAUGCUGUUUUUUCACUUGUGAACCACUUAUCCUCUAUCCGUACAUUUUGAAGAUAAUGUAUUUUUCUUCU